UUCGCUAGAUGGGAAUCGUACUGGUCCUGUAGGCGCUCCACGAUCAUUCAUUACUCCUCAUCCCGAACGAGCGUCAAGUCAUAGAAACUCGAUAGACUCUCGCGAAAAAUUUGCGAUUUUGCAAUACAUUAAGAAACUUUUUAUCGCCGUUAUGAUCAGCGGCCAUAGCGAUAUCAGGAUGACCGUGAAGUGCCGGGCAUAUGACUCGCACGAAAAAGAACGUGUUUAUUAGAAGAAAUAUCGAAGUUUCUAUGGCGGCUUGUGGCGUUUGCGUGUGAUCCCAGGUCACCGAAAUUCAUGCAGUCACCGCCGAUUGAAUCCUACAGGGGUUGGUGGACCAUUCCGUAUUUCUCCUGCAAGACCCGCCGUUGGCUCAUUUCAUAUAGCGUCAACGUGAAGCCGUUGGAUGUCCGACCCGGAGUACGGGAAUUCAUCAGCAUCGAUAUUGAUAUAAGUGGAUUAGAAGUAAAUCAGUGCGACACCUUGACGCAAAAUCACAAUGACGAAUUCGAAGCCGCCUCGAGCAAUCAAAUAGCCUUUUUUAAAGGCACCCACAAGUGUCACAUGGAUACUACGCAAUGCGUGUAUCAGGGGCCUGGCAGCCGAGUAAACCAAAAUGGGAUAGGUGCCGGUUGGACGAAAGGCGCGUAUGUGUGUAAGUGUAGGCAAGGCUUUUACAGCAUCAGACAUCAUCUGACAGGUUUCGAAGGAAUUCUUGUGGAAGCUGCAUGGAAGGAAAUGAGGGAAAACAAGAGUGAUUCCUAUGAGAAGGUAUUUCUAUGUCUGCGUUGCGCACCGGGAUGUGCGAGAUGUAAAGGCCCUGAGCCUUGCUUGGCGACGUAUAACUGGCCGUUUAGAAUUUCACUACUAGCCGUUUCAAUUUUCUGCGCGUUCGGUACCAUCGUCCUGGUGGCGUACAUGUAUCAACACCGUAAACUAAAGGUAUUCAAGGUAGCUUCCCCGAUAUUUCUAUCUAUUACGCUUCUGGGUUGCGCCUUGAUGUAUCUCGAGAUGGCUGCUAUAUUCCCAGUUCUCGAUAUGUAUUCAUGCAUUGCCACAAAGUGGACGAGGCAUAUGGGAUUCUGCAUCUCGUAUACGGCGUUGCUGAUGAAAACUUGGCGGGUUUCGCUUACGUAUCGGGUAAAAAGCGCCCACAAAGUUAAGCUGACGGACAAACAGUUGCUGCAAUGGAUGGUACCCAUUUUGCUGGUAAUGCUGAUCUAUCUCGGAACUUGGACUGUCAGCGCGCCGCCUUAUGCAGAGGUAAUCGCAGAUAACCACGACUUAAAGUUUUACCAGUGUUCGUACAACUGGUGGGAUCACAGCUUGGCUAUCGGUGAAAUUCUUUUUCUUGCUUGGGGCAUAAAGGUAUGUUACAACGUGCGAAACGCGGAGAGUCUGUUUAACGAAGCCCGUUUGAUAAGUUACGCCAUUUACAAUAUAGCCGCGGUGAAUAUAACCAUGAUAGCCAUUCAUCUCUUAAUAUUUCCUCGUGCCGGGCCGGACAUCAAAUACCUGUUAGGCUUUCUGCGGACUCAACUUUCGACGUCCGUUACGGUCUUCCUCGUAUUCGGCCCUAAAGUAAUCAGAGUAUUGCGAGGCCAGGGGGAUCAGUGGGACAGUCGAGCAAGGGCACGUGGCGUCACUGCAAGCUUUUCCUUGAACGGAAUCGGUUUAGUACCGGAGGAGACAACAGAUUUAUAUCAAGAAAAUGAAGAGCUUAAGGAGGAGAUUCAGAAAUUAGCCGCACGAAUAGAAUUCAUGAAAAUAGUGCACAUGGAGAUGCAUAACCGACAUAUUAAGCCAAAGUUAGGAGGUUAUUUCAGCGCACACGGUCAUGGUCAUGGGCAUCCAUCUACCGGGCAGAGUCCCAUCGCCAAGAGCUCGACAGCCAGCUUUAUUCUCAAACAGACGGCAGUGGAGCGAGGUGCAACGGCAGCCGCGGCUGCGGCCGUCGAAGAUUCGACCUUUCCGUCCGGAAGUCUGCAUAGAGCGCGUAGGUCGGAGAUGUUAAGAGAGAGAAAAGCGGAGAGGGAGAGGGAGCGCGAAAAAGAACGGAAUAAGGAUAAGGAACAGGAGAAACCGAGAUCGAGCGGCGAGAAAGUUUGACUAGUGGUCAAUAGCGAGGAGGUAUGGUUGUGACAAAAAUGGUGUCCCGUUAAAAGCAAGAAGACACGAAGAAACCGAAGGAAAAGAGAGAAAAAAGAUUUUAAAGACUCAAGUUGUAUCCUUUAAAGUAAAGAAUAGGAGACUGCCUGUAUUUGUAUGAAACAGAUCAAAUUCAUAGCGAUCAAUGUGUGAUAGCGAUAUCUUCUAAUUAUUAGAUGUACGAUAUAUCUCUUGAAAUCAAAAUCUUUAAUGAAUCUCAGACAUACAAAAAAACAUGACAGCGACGGCGAAUAUUUUGUGUUUUUGUUCGUUUUUAUAACGAUUGUCGAAAGAGCACAAUUCUAUCAUACAUUAAUAUAUUGUUACUUCAAAUAUGAAAAUUUUUCAACGCUUCAAUGACACACCGCUGGCAAACUACGAAGAAAAUUGUAUUUAAAAAACUGGAAUGUCAUUAACACUGCUCCUGCCGUAACUUUUUUUACUCAUAUGAUAUGAUAUAAUUAUUCGUGUGAGGUGUUUCUAAAACCUCAACAAUUAUAUAUUUCAAAAAAUUUUAACAAAGGACUCUUCAUUUUGAAAACAAUAUAAAUGGUAUAUAGAGCAUAUAAGAAUCAAACAUAAAGAAUUAUUUUAAAACAUGAAAAUUCAAAAUAUAUAUAAUAUAAUACUCUAAAAUUAAUUAAAAAUCAAAUAUACAUUACAUUUUUCAGUCUCUCGAUUCAGCCUUCUUCAUUCAAAAGAAAAAUUGUAUAUGUACGAGUGAUGUUACCAUGAUAAAAUGCAGUCGAAGAGAUAGAUGAUAUUAUUUACAUAGUAAUGAUGACCAGAAAAAUUUCAGAGAGACAAAAAUAGCUCGCAAGCGGUUGGACGACAGGUUGUUAAAAAUUUCCCGAUGUUCUGGUAAAAAGUCAAAUUAGAAAUAAAAUAAAUGAAUUGUACAA